AUGGCCAUUGCACCGGCUGGUGUGGCAGCUGUAGACAAGACUCCUGGCAGAUACAAAAACGUCGCGAUGGGAUCCAUGGUCGAACCUCGGCCACGCAGUGCGUCAGGCGUGGACGAGCGGGUCAAGCAGGAAGUCCUGCAAACUACUCAAAAAUGGCUUCAGACGGUCACCUCGAACCGCGCAACGGCUUCGGCGGAAACGGCCGCCUUGUAUGCUUCGGACGCCGUGUUGUGGGGAACGGUUUCGGAGGAACUUCGGGUCAAUCCCGCGGAAAUUCGGUCGUAUUUUGAUUUUUUUGCCGCACUCCCUGGAUUGAGGGUGGCAGCCUAUCAACCUUACGUAAGGAUAUUCGGAACGGGAAAUGAAGGAGAGACAGCCAUCAACGACGGGUACUACGUCUUUGCGUGGCGGGGCCCGGACGGCCGUGAGGUGCAGAAGCACGCACGGUAUUCGUUUGUGUACCGGAAAGAGGGGGAAAAAUGGAUGAUUGUCGACCACCACUCAUCCUUGUUGCCGACUGCUCCUGCAGGGCUUGCGAAGGCGACGACGGUGGUGAUGUGA